AUGGCGGCGGUAGCGGCAGUGGCGGCGCGUAGGAGGCGGUCUUGGGCAGGUUUGGUACUGGCAUAUUUAGGGGUCUGCGUGGGAAUUACCCUUGCUGUGGAUAGAAGCAACUUUAAGACCUGUGAAGAGAGUUCCUUCUGCAAGAGGCAACGAAACAUACGGCCAGGCCUCUCUCCAUACCGUGCCUUGCUCGACUCUGUGCAGCUUGGUCCUGAUGCCCUCACAGUCCAUCUGAUCCACGAGGUCACCAAGGUCGUGUUGUUGGUGCUGGAGCUUCAGGGGCUUCAAAAGAACAUGACUCGGAUCAGGAUUGAUGAACUGGAGCCCCGGCGGCCUCGAUACCGUGUGCCAUAUGUUUUGGUGGCUGAUCCCCCCACAGCUAGACUUUCUAUCUCUGGCCGUGAUGACAACAGUGUGGAGCUAACAGUGGCUGAGGGACCCUACAAAAUCAUCCUGACAGCUCGUCCAUUCCGCCUUGACCUCUUAGAGGAUCGCAGCCUUCUGCUGAGUGUUAAUGCCCGAGGACUCAUGGAAUUUGAGCACCAGAGGGCUCCCAGGGUCCCUUUCUCGGAUAAAGUUAGUCUCACGCUCGGUAGCAUAUGGGAUAAGAUCAAGAACCUUUUCUCUAGGCAAGGAUCAAAAGACCCAGCUGAGGGCGAUGGGGCCCAGCCUGAGGAAACGCCUGGGGAUGGUGACAAGCCAGAGGAGACCCAGGGAAAAGGAGAGAAAGAUGAGCCAGGAGCCUGGGAGGAGACAUUUAAAACUCACUCUGACAGCAAGCCAUAUGGCCCCACAUCUGUGGGUUUGGACUUCUCUCUGCCAGGCAUGGAGCAUGUGUAUGGGAUUCCUGAACAUGCAGACAACCUGAGGCUGAAGGUCACUGAAGGUGGGGAGCCGUAUCGCCUGUACAACUUGGAUGUGUUCCAGUAUGAGCUGGACAACCCCAUGGCUUUGUAUGGUUCUGUGCCUAUGCUCCUGGCACACAACUCUCAUCGAGACUUGGGCAUCUUCUGGCUCAAUGCUGCUGAGACCUGGGUUGAUAUAUCCUCCAACACUGCAGGGAAGACCCUGUUUGGGAAGAUGCUGGACUACCUGCAGGGCUCUGGGGAGACCCCACAGACAGAUGUCCGUUGGAUGUCAGAGAGUGGCAUCAUUGAUGUCUUCUUGCUGCUUGGGCCUUCAGCCUUUGAUGUCUUUCGGCAGUAUGCUAGUCUCACGGGGACCCAAGCACUGCCCCCGCUCUUCUCCCUCGGCUAUCACCAGAGCCGCUGGAACUAUCGGGAUGAAGCUGAUGUGCUAGAAGUGGAUCAGGGUUUUGAUGAUCACAACCUGCCCUGUGAUGUCAUCUGGCUGGAUAUUGAACAUGCUGAUGGCAAGCGGUACUUCACCUGGGACCCCAGCCGCUUUCCUCAGCCCCUCACCAUGCUUGAGCAUUUAGCCUCCAAGAGGCGGAAGCUGGUGGCCAUUGUGGACCCCCACAUCAAGGUGGACUCUGGCUAUCGAGUUCAUGAAGAGCUUCGGAAACAGGGCCUGUAUGUUAAAACCCUGGAUGGAUCUGACUAUGAGGGUUGGUGUUGGCCAGGCUCAGCUGGUUACCCUGAUUUCACUAAUCCUGUGAUGAGGGACUGGUGGGCUAACAUGUUCAGCUUUGAUAAUUGAGGCUCAGCUCCCAAUCUCUAUGUCUGGAAUGACAUGAAUGAACCAUCUGUAUUCAAUGGUCCUGAAGUCACCAUGCUCAAGGAUGCCCAGCAUUAUGGGGGCUGGGAGCACCGGGAUGUCCAUAACAUCUAUGGCUUCUAUGUGCACAUGGCAACUGCUGAUGGGCUAAUACAGCGCUCUGGUGGUGUAGAACGCCCAUUUGUCCUAAGCAGGGCUUUCUUCGCUGGCUCCCAGCGCUUUGGAGCCGUGUGGACAGGGGACAACAGUGCUGAGUGGGGCCAUUUGAAGAUCUCUAUUCCUAUGUGUCUCAGCUUGGGGCUGGUGGGACUUUCCUUCUGUGGGGCGGAUGUGGGUGGCUUCUUCAAGAAUCCAGAGCCAGAGCUGCUUGUUCGCUGGUACCAGAUGGGUGCCUACCAGCCAUUCUUCCGGGCUCAUGCCCACUUGGACACUGGGCGGCGAGAGCCGUGGCUGUUAGCAUCUCAGUACCAAGAUAUAAUCCGAGAUGCCUUAGGCCAGCGGUACUCCUUGCUGCCCUUCUGGUAUACUCUCUUCUAUCAGGCCCAUCGUGAAGGGUUUCCUGUCAUGAGGCCCCUGUGGGUGCAGUAUCCUCAGGAUGUGACCACCUUCAGUAUAGAUGAUCAGUUCAUGCGGGAUGCACUCCUGGUUCAUCCUGUAUCUGAUGCUGGAGCCCAUGGUGUGCAGGUUUAUCUGCCUGGCCAAGGAGAGUUAUGGUACGACAUUCAAAGCUAUCAGAAGCAUCAAGGUCCCCAGACCCUGUACCUGCCUGUAACUCUAAGCAGUAUCCCUGUGUUCCAGCGUGGAGGGACAAUUGUACCUCGAUGGAUGCGUGUGAGGCGCUCUUCAGACUGUAUGAAGGAUGACCCCAUCACUCUCUUUGUUGCACUCAGCCCGCAGGUGCUCAAACUGCCCUACUUUCUGCAGGGUACAGCCCAAGGAGAGCUCUUUCUGGAUGAUGGGCACACAUUCAACUAUCAGACUGGCCAUGAAUUCCUGUUGCGUCGGUUCUCAUUUUCUGGCAACACCCUUGUUUCUAGCUCAGCAGACCCCAAAGGACAUCUUGAGACACCAGUCUGGAUUGAGCGAGUGGUGAUAAUAGGGACUGGAAAGCCAGCAGCUGUGGUGCUCCAGAGAAAAGGAUCUCCUGAAAGCCACUUAUCCUUCCAGCAUGACCCUGAAACCUCUGUGUUGAUUCUGAGGAAGCCUAGUGUCAAUGUGGCAUCUGACUGGAGUAUUCACCUACGAUAACCCAUGGAAUGUGUUCUGAGUUGUAGGGAAGGGUGUAGUGGUGGCACGAGUUAACCCUUUCUUCUGCCUUGGAGUUUGACCCUCCCCAGACUUCACCUUAUCCCAAGACCCAGAUUCUGUCAACAUCUGGGCAGGAUGACAGAGCUGUCCCUGAGCUCUGAAUUCUUGUGACCUCUUGAUCUCUUCUGCUCUGUGAUACCAAGCCUUUCCUUUCAUCCACCCAACAUCUGGUUGCUCUAACUCUGGAGCAUACUCACUUUCGAAGACCUGAGGACCACAAGGCUAUUGCCUCUCUUCUCCCUUCCUAAGGGCCCUUAUUCUUCCCUCUACCCCAUCCGUUUAUGCCUCUUGUGUGUUGGUGCCAUUUCUUGGAAGAAGAUGAGGGCAAUGAAUUUUAGUGUUCCUUUUCUGCUUGCUUUUCUUUUCCUACCAAACUGCCCUGCUGUCUUUUAUUUGCUUUCCCUGGCUCUACUCUGACAGCCCUCCCCUUUCUCUGCCCCACUGAUAACACUGGGACCACCCCUUACCUAGUAAGGGAUGUGUGGAUCAAAAGUGAGGUUGUUGGAGAAUGUCCUCUUCCCUCUCAUCCCAACAUUUUCUUUUUCCGCAAUUCCUUUCAGAGUUGCAGUUAUGACAGAGGCAGUUCUACCUCCCUUGUCCAUUGGGAGAGAAACAUUUCCACACCUCCUUAAAGAGGGGAUGGGCAUUAAACUUUUGCCCCCUUCUGUUCCCCUGGGCAUUCAAGAUGGAGAAAUCUGUUGUGGUUUCAUUGAAUCACGGUCACCUGUAUUUAUUGCUGGGAGAAAGCUGGGGGUUGGGUGGGGGGUGGAGAUGAUCAUGUGUACCCAGGGUUGGCCAGAAGCUCUGGGUCAGGGAGUUGGGGGAAAACUAACAGGGAACGAGGAGAAUACUUAUGGGAAUUUUUUUACUUCCUUUGGGCCCCCAGCUGUGACAGGUUUUGAUAAAAGGAGAAACA